AUGGCAACACUCAGGGCCAUGAUGGUGGUCACCACCAUCACCCUACGUGGCGGUACAGCGUUGGAGGCCCCAUGUGGCAGGCAGGAGCUCGGCGAGCGCCGGCAGCAACCAUGUGAGACAAGGUGGAUUUGGGCGGUCGACGUCAAGACGGCAGUACAACAAAUAUCUCCUUACUUAGAGGACACAAGCAACGAUGCACCUCAGUUCAUCUACUUCGAGGGAUGGCUUGGACUGGGUGCUUCUGCGGUGCUUAGAGCUAUUGCAGAGCAGCCUCCACCAUCUUUACGAGAGAAAUUCGACAGGAUCAUCCACAUUGACUGUUCGAUGUGGAAGAGCCGAAGAGCAUUGCAAAGGGUGAUCGCAGACGAGCUCAAGCUCACUCAACAGGUAGUGGCCAUUGACGCGCAAGACGAGGAGGACGAUUUCAGUGGGGUAGACCUUGGCUCCAGAGAAGAGUUCGGAGAUGUCGCUAGGGUGAUAGCCCGAUACUUAGUACAGUACAGAUGUUUAGUUGUCUUUCACAAUGGAAGUGAUGGCAUGGUUGACUUGACUAGCUGUGGCAUUCCGCCACCUGAAAUCUUCAAUACUAAGGUAUUGUGGACCUUCAGAGGACGGCUUCGUCUCAAUGCAGAAAUUAUUGAAAAGGUAGAGAAUUCACACCGUUAUAUUUAUGCUACGUAUUACCCUCACAGCAACAGGAAUGCAUACCUUGCAGACGAUGCUAGAGAAAUCGCUUUGCACAUGAAUAAGCUUGGCCAUGGUGUUACACCUAAAAUAGCCACAGAGUGUUGCUUGUACCUAUUAUCAUUGAAUAACCAAGGUAAGAAGAUGAUUGACUACAACUGGGCAACCCAUGCUUCCUGCUACUGGGUUUGCGAUGGGAUCAUAGGAGGAGGACAGGACAACCAGACAUGGGAGGUUGCUCAUGCUCUGCAGCAGCAUAUAAGACUAGAAGACUACUCAUCCAAUGCACAGCUUAUGGCGUCUGUGGACAUGUUGGAUCUUUCCUCGAAACAAUGGAUUUCUAUUACUGAAUCAUAUUUCAAAGAGGUUCCUCCAGAGGCAACAACCCUGUUCUAUGGAUCCAAAAAGUCAAGUCCACAAGCAGUAUCACUACCUAGUGACAAGUUCCAUAAAGCAGAUCAACUCCGGGUGCUGAAGUUAUGUGGAUGUACCUUCAGCUUUUCAUCACCUCCAUUCCAUUGCUGCCGCAACUUAAGAUUCCUUGGACUGGAUAGAUGCAUGGAUGGACUACAACAUGGGGAGGAGGAGGAGGAGAAAACAGGUGAACGAGCGGUGGAAAUUUUUCAGCGGCUAUGGGUGCUAGAUGUAUGCCACACGGAUUGGCCAUUGGCUUUUCCCCCAGAAACAGAAGAGCAAGUGGUGGCUACAGACAUUAGAGAGGUUCAUAUAACCAACGGAAGGAUUUGGACCAGCAACUUUGCAUGGAGACGCCUGCCGAACCUUCACAAGCUCCAAGUAGUUGAGCCCACAAACCCUUGGGAGACAGAAAGAAGAGAUGAAUUCAUGGCUAUGGUGAAUCUGGAGCUCCUUGACCUAUCUGGGAACAGCACCAUACAAGUCUUGCCGAGCCUUUCGGGUGCAACAAGCCUCAAGACACUGAUUCUAGAUGGUUGUGUUGGGUUGGAGCAUGUUGGCCCUCGACAACUCCCUCCAUCACUUGAAUCAUUCUCAUUGAAUACCGCAGGAGAAGAUGAGGAUCUCAAGAAGAAGAAUGUUGAAAUAUCUUACAUCAGCUUGGCUGGGUGUGUAAGAUUAGCAAACUUUAUACUGCGUGGGUCACUGCCAAACCUUGAGGAGCUGGACCUCUCGCACACAGCAAUCAAAAUCCUUGACCUUGGAGAGGUGGUUCAAGUAAAAAAUCUUCAGCGGCUCUUCUUGAUGGGAUGCGGACAGCUGUGCAUUGACACUCGAGCAAGAGGAGGAGAGGUGGACAACAGAAAACCAGCAUGGUCACGUGAUUGUUCUUUGAUGGUCUACCGGCAAGACGAAGUAAAGGAGUAUUGCCAUGCAUCUGUUGCCGUUGCAGACAUGAGGUUCCUUCAGUCCUUGGAGUUUCUUUGGACAUGGGCACGCAUUCGAUGUGAUAAGUGGAAUCUCUGCUUGUCAUCUACCAGCGAUGAUGAUGGAAGAGGCUGCCACAAGGAAAAGAUGGGCAGUCAUUAUAGCACUGGACAGCUAGCUGCUGCUUUGUCUCUGCCCAAGUCAUUAACCUACCAUGACAUCAGCAUUGAACAGAUAUCCGCAAAGAUCGAUAUCAGCAGUAGCAGCAGCUCAGCGCAAUUUCUGCCACUAGACUUACACAUGGACAUUGGCGAGGGAAUUAGUGACGUCACCGACAAGUCCAGCACGCGGGCAAGGGAUGCAAUACGUACUGUGAUGGACAGUGUGGAGUCGUUGCACGUGCACGACAGUUCUUCCAUCACCAGUGUUGCCCCUGAACACACUUUUGGGACAUAUAUAAUGAAUGGGCUCAAGUGGUGCUGCGUGGAGAGAUGCCCCAAGUUGGAUACUGUCUUCGCCACUAACUAUUACUGGGAAUGCUUUUCUAAUUUGGAAAUCUUUUGGGCGGCUCAUCUCUUGAUGGCCCGUUCUAUUUGGAGCAGACCAAGAAAUCCAAGGUUGGAUGCAAAUGAUUUAUCGUUUACACAACUGCGGGCUAUUCAUCUGCACUUCUGCCCGAGGCUCAGAUAUGUCCUCCCGAUGGCUUCGAACAAUACCUUAUCCAAGGUGCUGGAGACUCUCCACAUACACUGCUGCGGUGAUCUCAAGCAGGUCUUCUUCGUGGAGCAAGAGUUCCUAGAGAAAAUAGCGGCCAGACAUGAAAAAGGCAUGCUGGGAUUCUCAAACCUCAAGAGCCUGUACCUGUAUGAGCUCCCGAAUCUGCAACAGAUAUGCGAGGCCAAGAUGUUUGCUCCCAAACUCGAGACUAUCUAUAUCAGAGGCUGCUGGAGCCUGAGGCAUCUCCCGGCCACUGACAGUCGCCGCCUUGAAGAUGGCCGCCCGGUGGCCGUGGACUGCGAGAAGGAUUGGUGGGAUAAGCUGGAGUGGGAUGGGAUGAAGUCUGGCCACCACCCCUCCCUCUUCCAGCCGAGAUAG